GAUGGUAUUGAACCGACCAAUUUCCCAAACAACGGACAAACAGUCUUCAACGGUACUAAAUUUGAUCAAUACUUAUCUCGGUGUCCAAUGCAUGGAUCUGAUUUAUGAACCGAUGGAAGUACUCAGCACACAGCGGAGCAUACUAACUUGCGAUGCUUCUUGUGCUGAACUGGCCGAUCUGUCAUCUUCGCACAUUUUAUCAGGUAAUCCGCUGGAGCUGCAGGAGGUAGUUGACCUUUCAAUGGAAUCCAAACUCGUCACUAACACGGAAAAAGAAUCCAGCUGCGUUUCCAACUUUCCCGAUUUUGCUAAAAUGAAGCCGUUAUCUCAUCCUCCCCCGGGUGGAUAUCAGGAUGGUUUCGUGUACUACAUUUCCGAAGAUCAGCAUCAGCUGUUCGGGCUUUUUCCGCUCUCCAACACCAGCAAACGGAUUUUACGCGUGAAAUUGGAAACCGAUUCUAACGUUCAGCAUACAAUCGAAACCGUCAAGCAACUUCACAUGCCCUUGUUUCCGACAUUUCAGUGCGGAUUUGAGGCGGCUUAUGAUUUUCCAUGCGCUACUUUUACAGCCAAAUAUGACACUUGUGCUGCGGAACUUCUGAGUCCACCUCCACCUUACAUUACGGGAAGCUUGGCUAUCGAAGUUGAUCUAUACAAUUCGGAUUGGCUUUCGCCUGUACUCUCAGACCUUAAUAUUUUAAAGAACAUGUACACUGCGUACAUGAAUGAUUGUUUUAGUUGGAAUGUGGGCGGUGCAGUUUUCUCAUUCGACAGUUUCCGAGAUUCUCUUUCAGAUGUUUUCAAUGCCGCUACGUUCAACCCGAUUGAGAUUCCGACCGGGCCUUCACAGUGCGCGGCCAAACGUUCAUUAGAUUCGACUGAAGUUCUGUGGAAUGCUAUCAAAGGUGCACCUACGCGACAGGACUGUCGUCGAUCACUGGGGUGCGCCUUAUCUUAUCUGCUGGAGCAUCGCGAACUUCUCAAGCUUCAUCGUAAUAACGGCACUGAACUGGCCACCCGGCUACGCUCGCUUAUCAGUCGGCCUGGUCCGGUUGAUGCGGAGUCAUUACACACCACUGCUGUCGGAGUGGAGUACCUUUUGGAAAUCGGUCUAAACAAGUUGAUAAACGACUGUCUUUGUUUGUUGGAAUGCGUCGUUCCUGGAUGGACCCCUCCACCCACAGAACUAAAAAGAAGCUGGGAUUUGGAACAUCGUUGGGCCCUGUUACACCAUUUAUACAAAUGCAGCUGCCUACUAAUGGUGUUAUCAAGCUACUGUUCAAAAGAAUCUUUCGUCCCACAAUUUAGAAAAAUACUGAACCAGCCCGAUCCUAAAGAUGAAUGGCGGACCUCCAUUUUUGGUGACGCUUCCGCAAAUCCACUGGUGAUUCGUCAUACUUUUGAUUUUCCGGUCUCCGAACUACUUGUUCCCAUUUCCAGCAUGCCUCCUACUUUGUGGAUCAUGCGUUUGGAUGCAGAUCAUCCCACCAGAGCGCGCAUUUGUCUUGUCUACCAGCGAAUACCCUCGAAAGGUACUGACAGAUACUGUUGUUAUGUGAUGCGGUUGAUCGACAGCUACGUGCCCCCAGCCAAUUCCGAGUGAAGAGACGCAUCUGCCGACACUCACCAACCCCAUGUGUUUGCAUUUCGCUCUUUUGGCUCUUUCCAAUGCAUUUGCCUUAUUUCUGUACUGUUCUGUUGUUACUUCGCUGUUGUCCUUCGAAAUCGGUGAACACUGAUGGUCUAUUUU